AUGGCUCUACAGCAGGCCAAAGUCAAAGCAGUAUUCUUUGACUUUAUGGGGACAUGUCUGGAUUGGCACAGCAGUGUCGUCCGAUCAUUGCCUCCGUCCAUCCCCGGCGUGGAUGCUUCGCAGUUCGCACUCGAAUGGCGGAAACAGUACUUUAUUGCAAACAAUCAGCGGUACAUCGAGGGUCUCGAACCGGAAGACAUCGACCUAACCCUCGCGCGUGUCCUCGAAGCCGUUCUCGAUCAAUUUCCCGAUGUCAAGUCCCAUAUUGAUACGCAGGCGAAGAAACGACUGGUGGAAGCUUGGCAUUCUCAGCCAGCCUGGUCAGAGGUGCAAAGGGCGAUACAAAGUGUCCGGGAAGACCUCGGUCUAGAAGUCUUCGUUCACGCCAAUGGGACGACACGUCUUCAGCUUGAUCUCACGCGCUCUUCGGGGUUGCGCUUCCAUAUGCUUUUCUCGAGUGAGCUGCUGGGGGUAUACAAACCAAGUCCUGACGCAUACCAGAAGGCCUUACAACUCGUCAAACUCCCGCCAGAGGAGGUGGUGCUGGUUGCGGCCCACGCCUAUGAUUUACGAGGGGCUCAAAAUGUUGGAAUGAAGACUAUCUACAUCCACCGGUGGACCGAUGAUAUUGACGAGGAUAUUGAGAAAGUAAAAACUGAGUUUGAUGUGUUUCUGGAGAAUAUGGAGACUUUGCCGGAGGCCAUUGCGAAUAUUUGA